AUGAACAAUUGCCUCGAAAUCGGCAACAUUGCCUCGCAGCUCAAAUUGUCCGAAGUCGACGACUUCAUCAAUCGUUUUCUUCUUCAAAACUUUACAUCUAUCCCCGACUUUUGCAAGAUCCAGUUCGAAAGGUUUAAGUUCCUCCUGAGUUCGAACGAUCUCCAGGGACUCAUUACGCCAGGGUUUGGCAAAAAGGAGGCCUACCGCAAGAAAAUCGACUCUCCCGCGCAGGAGAACUCAUGGAACAGAUCAAAUUCCCGCUCAUCCAUCGUUGACAUCGUGACAAAAAUCAACGAGUCAUGA